AUGUAUGACUUGUUACAGAUUGAAGACGAAGGUAACCAUGGCAACGAUGACACAAGGCUUUUCAUCUUGUCCACGCUAGCUGGGCAGCACAAACCUAAGGUGUCAUGUGCCCUCUGCAAAGAAACCCUGCACGUGUUUGACCGGUACCCCUUGGUCGAUGGAACUUUCUUCCUUAGUCCACGACAGCAUACCAGCAGCGCUGUAGAGGUGAAAGUGGAAGGUCGAACGCAGUACCUGACCUGCGUCUGCAUGGGCUGUCUGGAGAGAUGUGACCCCGAGCGCACUAUUCGCUGCCGUUUUUGUGGACAAAAGUGGGACGGCUCCUCACUGGUACUCGGCACCAUGUACUCAUAUGACAUAUUCAUGGCCACGCCGUGCUGCGCUGAACGAUUGAAGUGCAACAACUGCUACAAGCCACUUCUGCACCCGAACCAGCGCCUGAACUACUCCGACUACUCUCACCCGGUGACGUGCCCGCACUGCCGCGUGCUCGACACGCACUUUGUCAAGCCGCUGACCUACUGCUUCACAAAACGGGUUUUCCCGCUAUUCCAGCAGUGGCCAUAA